AUGGCUCCUGCUGCUCCUUUCAAUCCCCCUUCGCCGGAUCUCCCAGGAAAGCCUCACGUCCCAAAAUGGGUGCCGCCACCACCUACCAAGGAGACUCACAACUUCGCUGAACUUCAUUCCGUUGAUCUAUCUCUGCUUGACUCCCCCGAUCCCAAGGUACAAGAGGAUCUCGUACAGAAAGUUAAAGAAGCUAUUCGGGAAGACGGCUUCCUAUUUUUGGAGAACUACGGUGUUUCGCUCGAGCAGCUACACAGACAAUUCGCCAUUGCUCAGUACCUUUUCAGAAACUUCUCUGAUGAAGAGAAACAGCGAUUGCUGUUCCAUCCAGAAGAGCGAGGUACUUGGGAAGGAUAUAAACAUCCUUAUGGGUUCAAGAGAGAACGAGGUACCCCCGACUUCUAUGAACAGUUCAACUUUUAUCCACCUGAAUGGGCUGAUCACAAUCUCUGGCCAAAAGUACUCCUUCCUUUCGCUGACGAGAUUGAAGCUUUUGCCACUUAUCUUACAACCUCGGUAAACCGAAGACUGCUCACUCUAUUCUCUCGAGUUCUCGAACUCCCCGAUGAUUACCUGUGGGAUAACGUCCAGUCAAAAGGAAGUCCAUCUGGCGAAGGUUAUUUCAGACACGCUCUCUACUCGCCAGUGGACGACGCAACCAUUAAAGCCGGUAAAGGUAUGAGAAUGCUGGGUCACAACGAUUUCGGUACCACAACUCUUUUGUUCUCCGUCCCGAUCUCCUGCCUGCAAAUAUGGGGAACAGAUGAGCAAUGGCACUACGUUCCUUACAAGCCUGGUGCUCUGGUCAUCAACAUUGGAGAGACUUUGGAGAUCGUUUCCGGUGGUCACUUCAAGGCCACGAGACAUAGGGUCUAUCAACCACCUGCUGAUCAAGCGCACGAGGAAAGAUUAUCCUUAGUGCUGUUUAACUCAAGUGUCGGAGAUCUCAGAAUGACACCUGUAGAUAGCUCUCCAUUGAUCAAACGAGAAGGAUGCGUUGACUCUCAAGGUCUAUACAGGGAGUUCAAACGGGUCAUGGAUCAAGGUGUCCCGAUCCCAACAAACCGACAAUGGCGAGAAAUCAACAUCGCUAAGGCACCUGAUCCUCUUGACCCAGUCUCGCAAUCUGUCGGGAAGGAUCAAGCUAUCAUCGAUGGCAAGCUCGUGACUGAGAGAGAGCUCUUAGGGGUAAGAGUGGUUCUCCCCGUAUAG